CCUGACCCCUGGUCAGGCUUUCCCACAAUCCUCUCCACGGGAUCCUGCCCAAGAGCCAGACAAUCUCAGCUUGGCCCCUUGGCAAAAAGAACCUUGGAAAAACUCACUCUGUUUUGUUCAUCCCUCUCAGAGCUUGCUGCCAAGGACCCUGAACAGGUGAUGGCUUCAGACAGGAGUAUCCUAUGAAAUGAUAUCAAUCUGGAAACAGGAACCACCAUGGGGUGCUUCAGCUUCCUUAAAACCAUGACGAUUAUCUUCAAUACACUCAUCUUCCUGAGUGGUGCAGCCCUGUUGGCUGUGGGAAUCUGGGUGUCAGUCGAUGGGCCAUCCUUCAUGAAGAUGUUUGGGUCGCAGUCUUCCAGUGCCAUGCAGUUUGUCAACGUGGGCUACUUCCUCAUCGCGGCUGGUGCUGUGCUCUUUGUUCUUGGUUUCCUGGGCUGCUACGGUGCUCUGUCUGAGAACAAGUGUGCACUCAUGACGUUCUUCAUCCUCCUCCUCAUCAUCUUCAUUGCUGAGCUUGCAGCUGCUGUGGUGGCUUUGGUGUAUACCACAAUGGCUGAGGAAUUCCUGUCAAGGCUGGUAGUGCCUGCCAUCAAGAAAGACUAUGGUUCCAGUAAUGACUUCACCCAAGUGUGGAACUCCACCAUGAAAGGGCUCAAGUGCUGUGGAUUCAACAACUACACAGAUUUUGAGGACUCACCCUACUUCAAGAAUAAUAACACCUUUCCUCCCUUCUGUUGCAUCAAUGGCACAGCUGAGGAAUCUUGUACCUUGAAGAAGGCCGAGGAGAGUACCGUACAGGGUUGCUUCCAACAACUUCUAAAUAACAUCCGAACCAAUGCAAUCACUGUGGGUGGUGUAGCAGCUGGAAUUGCAGCCCUGGAGCUGGCUGCCAUGAGUGUUUCCUUGUAUCUGUACUGCAAUAUGAAAUAAGUCUGCUUCUGCCUCUGCCACUACUGUGCACAUGGGAACCGGGAAGAAGUACCCUGGCAGUCAAGGAUCCAUGAUCAUCAUGGGGAUGAGAUCUCACAGUGUCACUUGGGCUGCAGUGGCCCUGGCCCUGUUGCUCUGGUCUUGGGCCUAAGUAGGGACCAACCCAUUUAGGCUGUGCCUGACUUUUCCUUCUGUUGAUGGGUUUGAAGCCCACCUAUGCCAAAGCCUCUAAUGAAGCCAGUUCUUCUGCCUAUCUUUCAAUCUGUUCCUUCAAUCCUUGACACCCUACUAGGCCAAAGGGAACUCUUGAUGAUCCCAGUAGUCUGCUGGGAAAUGAGAGAAAGGAACUUUAUAUCAUGAGCAUAUUCAAAAUCAGGAGAGCCACAGGUGGAUGUAUAGAUGGUACUUCAGAUCUUAUAAACCAAUAAAAAGUUUCUAUUUGGA